CCACGGCUCCCUCGGCCGCUGCCGCCUCCGACCCCCCCCACCCCACUCCCCCGCCACGGCCCCUAGCCCCUGGCCGUUAGGCAAGACCCCCCCCUACCCCGGGGCUCCCCGAAAUCCAGUUCCCCUCCCCCACCUCAGCUCAUGCCCCAGCCCCCGAACUCCGGGGCUGCCAGCCCCCGGUGCCCCCGCCCCUCCUGAGAAUCGGGGUGUGCUCCCUAAGCCCCCUCCCCUCCAUUGGGGACCCUUUUUUAGGGCCCCCUUCCCCUCCCUCCCACGCUCCCCUACCCUUCCCUUCUCCAACCCCCUCUUUCCCCUCUCACCCCUCCCCCCAUCCUGGCCCCCCCUGCAAAAGUGGGGUGCGGAGGGGGGAGGGGUGAGAACCCACGGAGGGGAGGAACGAAACUCCGAUGAAGUCAGAGCCCCUUACCCGCCGCCGCGGCCAGGCCCCCCAACAUGGACUGUCUCUGUAUAGUGACAACCAAGAAAUACCGCUACCAAGAUGAAGACACGCCCCCUCUGGAGCACAGCCCGGCCCACCUCCCCAACCAGGUAAACGCCCCCGAGCUGGUGCACGUGGCGGAGAGGAACUUGUCCCACCUCGAGGCCGUCCAAGGGGUCGUGGGCCACGCCCACUUCUCCCCCCUCAAGGCCAAUUCUCCCCCUGUGAUUGUCAACACAGAUACCCUAGAAGCCCCGGGAUAUGAGUUGCAGGUGAACGGGACAGAGGGGGAAAUGGAAUACGAGGAGAUCACACUGGAAAGGGGUAACUCAGGUCUGGGCUUCAGCAUCGCAGGUGGCACUGAUAACCCACACAUCGGUGACGACCCAUCCAUUUUCAUCACCAAGAUCAUUCCUGGUGGGGCUGCUGCCCAGGAUGGCCGUCUCAGGGUCAACGAUAGCAUCUUGUUUGUAAAUGAAGUGGACGUGCGGGAGGUGACCCACUCAGCCGCGGUGGAGGCCCUCAAAGAGGCAGGCUCCAUCGUCCGCCUCUACGUCAUGCGCCGGAAGCCCCCGGCUGAGAAGCUCAUGGAGAUCAAGCUCAUCAAGGGGCCUAAAGGUCUUGGCUUCAGCAUUGCUGGAGGUGUAGGGAACCAGCACAUCCCCGGAGAUAAUAGCAUCUAUGUAACCAAGAUUAUCGAAGGGGGUGCUGCCCACAAGGAUGGGAGGUUGCAGAUUGGAGACAAGAUCCUGGCGGUCAACAGUGUGGGGCUGGAGGACGUCAUGCAUGAGGAUGCCGUGGCAGCCCUGAAGAACACAUAUGAUGUUGUCUACCUAAAGGUGGCCAAGCCCAGCAAUGCCUACCUGAGUGACAGCUAUGCUCCCCCAGACAUCACAACCUCCUAUUCCCAGCACCUGGACAACGAGAUCAGUCAUAGCAGCUACCUGGGCACUGACUACCCCACAGCCAUGACCCCCACCUCCCCUCGGCGCUACUCCCCAGUGGCCAAGGACCUGCUCGGGGAGGAAGACAUCCCCCGAGAACCGAGGCGGAUCGUGAUCCACCGGGGAUCCACGGGCCUGGGCUUCAACAUCGUGGGUGGCGAGGACGGUGAAGGCAUCUUCAUCUCCUUCAUCCUGGCCGGGGGCCCUGCGGACCUCAGUGGGGAGCUGCGGAAGGGGGACCAGAUCCUCUCGGUCAAUGGUGUUGACCUCCGCAACGCCAGCCAUGAGCAGGCUGCCAUUGCCCUGAAGAACGCGGGUCAGACAGUCACGAUCAUCGCUCAGUAUAAACCGGAAGAGUACAGCCGGUUCGAGGCCAAGAUCCACGACCUUCGGGAACAGCUCAUGAACAGCAGCCUGGGCUCAGGGACUGCCUCCCUGCGAAGCAAUCCCAAAAGGGGUUUCUACAUCAGGGCCCUGUUUGACUACGACAAGACCAAGGACUGUGGCUUCCUGAGCCAGGCUCUGAGCUUCCGCUUUGGGGAUGUGCUGCAUGUCAUCGACGCCAGUGACGAGGAGUGGUGGCAGGCGCGGCGGGUCCACUCUGACAGCGAGACUGAUGACAUCGGCUUUAUCCCCAGCAAACGGCGGGUUGAGCGACGGGAGUGGUCAAGGUUAAAGGCCAAGGAUUGGGGCUCCAGCUCUGGAUCACAGGGUCGAGAAGACUCGGUCCUGAGCUACGAGACGGUGACACAGAUGGAAGUGCACUACGCUCGCCCCAUCAUCAUCCUCGGGCCCACCAAGGACCGUGCCAAUGAUGAUCUCCUCUCCGAGUUCCCCGACAAGUUUGGAUCCUGUGUUCCCCAUACGACACGGCCCAAGCGGGAGUAUGAGAUAGAUGGCCGGGAUUACCACUUCGUGUCAUCCCGGGAGAAAAUGGAGAAGGACAUCCAGGCGCACAAGUUCAUUGAGGCCGGCCAGUACAACAGCCACCUGUAUGGAACCAGCGUCCAGUCCGUGCGCGAGGUGGCCGAGCAGGGGAAGCACUGCAUCCUCGAUGUCUCGGCCAAUGCCGUGCGGCGGCUGCAGGCGGCCCACCUGCACCCUAUCGCCAUCUUCAUCCGCCCCCGCUCCCUGGAGAAUGUGCUAGAGAUUAAUAAGCGGAUCACAGAGGAGCAAGCCCGCAAAGCCUUCGACAGAGCCACCAAGCUGGAGCAGGAAUUCACAGAGUGCUUCUCAGCCAUCGUGGAGGGAGACAGCUUUGAGGAGAUCUACCACAAGGUGAAGCGCGUCAUCGAGGACCUCUCAGGCCCCUACAUCUGGGUCCCAGCCCGAGAGAGACUCUGAUUCCUGCCCUGGCUUGGCCUGGACUCGCCCCGCCUCCAUCGCCCAGGCCCUUGGUCUGGACUGAAUUGCCCACGCCCUUCGCACCUCCAGCCUCCCUCCCACCCCUUCUUAUUUAUUUCCUUUCUAACUGGAUCCAGCCCAUUGGAGGGGGGACACUCCUCUGCAUGUAUCCCCGCACCCCAGAACUGGACUCCUGAACCCCAGGAACCUGGGGUCUGGGGGGGAGCCCUGGGCUCCUGAUCCCGAGCCCUAGCUCCUUAGGACCCCUCGCCCCUGCCUGCCCCCAACGCACACACAGACCCACCAGGGGCCACCUGCCUUCCCCCAUCUUCUCCCACACACAUUGCGGAAGUCAGGGCCCCCGUCAAGGAGCACCCCGCUGCAGGGAUGCAGGGCUACAGGCCUCCGCGCUCUCCCGAGGCAGGGUCUGGGGUCAUCCCUGCCCCCAUCAUAACUCCCCCUGUCCCUUGAUUUCUCAUUUAUUUUUUUCCAUUUUUUUUCUUCUCAAAGGUGGUUUUUGGGGGGAUAAGUAGGGGGACUCCACUGUGAGCCCCCUGCUUUCUACAUGCCCCCCACCUUUUUUCUUUGCCGGUUUGCAUGAGUGGAAGGUCUAACUGUGGCUUUUUUUUUUUUUUUUUCUGGGAUUUUUUUUUGGGGGAAUGGGGAGGGAUGGGUCUAGGGAGCGGGAAUGUGGGGGGGGGGCAGGGUUGGGGGUAGGGUGUCUGGGAACCAGGGGAAGACUGGAAAUGCUGCCGCCUUCUGCAAUUUAUUUAUUUUUUCUUUUGAGAGAGUGAAAGGAAGAGACAGAUACUUGAAACCUGGUGUGUGGCCUGGUUAUUUGGGCGCCGGGUGAGGGGGGAGACCGGGUGGGAGCAUAGGGAUGGGUCUGGUAAGGUCAGAUCCUUCUUCCCCCCCCCCUGCACUCCCCACCCCACAGGAUAGAGUGGCCUGAAACGGGCCUUGUUGGAACCUGCAAAUCAAGGCUUCAGGGUCGUUAAUGAAGAAUGGGCCUGGGGGUGGGGUGGGGCGGGGCUGGAGCUCGGUCCAAGGUCACUGACAGACCCAGAAAGAGGACUUGCAAAUGUAGCCCAGCCCUGACCACUCCCCUGGGCUGUCUCAGUCCUGUCGGGCAGCACAAUGGUCUCUAAAGAAAAUAGAGAGGACACUUCAUUCAUGUUUGGAGCCGUGGACAGAGCUGGGCUCUGGCAGUGACCUUCAGAGAGGUUUGCUGAUAAGAAAUGCUGUGUGAAUAUUCAUUGGAUUUCUUUAUGUCUGCCCCAUCUCUAUAGGAAAUAUUUGAAGCAGUUUUGCAAAUAAUAAGGGUAGGAAAAUAGAAUGUGAUACCAAAGGUAAAAACAGGAGAAACAGAUGUAUUAGCUAUGAGGGUAAAUAUGAUUUCUGAGCUUCCUGGUAGACAGGGCAAAAAGGGAAAUGGUCCAUUACAUACAUACAUAUAUACAUAUACAUGUAUGUUGUGUAUGUUAUGAAGGAGAAAAACUUCUGGCUCUUUUAGGGAGUCAGGUUUUCCUGGGCUCUAAAUCCUAACUGAAGUUUCUCAGAUGCUGCUCUGUAGAUACUCGUUCUCAGCUUCCCGUCUGCCACUGUUCAUAUGCUUGACAGGCUCCCCUCACACCAGCCUCAACUGCAGCAUAGAUGAGCCAUUGCUGACACCAGCUGGGGGAUCCCACCUACCUCUUUCUAUCUCUCAUUCAGGGACCCCAGGGAGGAAGGCUGAGGUGGGGUGGUUAAGUCCUGAACUGUGCAAAAGGGCAAUUUUGUAGCCACCGCUGCCAGAUGUGAGAGUUGGAUGGAAAAGACCAACCCCCAGGGGCAGUGUUGGGGGGCAGCGUUGGGGGGUGCUGCCCUGGCCUGACCAGAUCCAAGGCUAGAGGUGGAGAUCCCCAGAGGUGUGGCCCUUAAGCAGGGGUCCUCUCUGGAGCGCCCUGCUGGUUUUUGAGCAGCACUCAAUCCAGCAGAGGCCAGUCCUGGGGGUGGGACUGGGGGGGUGUGUGUCUGCCUUUCAGGAAACGUCGCAGGUGAUUCUGAUGUCUUGCUGGAUGGAGAAGCACCGCCUUUUCCAAUAACCCUUCUUUUAGCUUGAUUCUGCGUAGGAGCAAAUGGUUUGAGGCUGUGCUCACAUUCUCUGCCAUUGGCUGAAGGGAGAAAGCUGUGAGCUGAGGAAGGCGUGUGCAGGUAACCCGUCUGCAUCUAGGGGGUUAAGGAGAGUUCACUGAGAAGGGGUAAAAUCCCCUAGUUGUGCAUGCGUUAUGUUUUAGGUUACAACACUAAUACACAUACCUUACAAAACUGCAAAUAAAUAUAGAAAUACGCGUGGUUAAAAAAAAGUUCCUUCCCAUCUCAUUCCACAUACUCCUCAGAGGGAAGCAUGUUAGCAGUUUGGGAUGUAUUCUUCCAAAUCUAUAAAGAGCUCUUUCCUGUCCCUUUAGGGAGACCACAUGUGCUUGAGUGGUAGGCGCGCUGGGUUCCCACACAGACUGGAGUUCAAAGCCUGAUCCUCUUUUUUUUUUUUUCCCGCUUUUAUUUAUUUUUAAAUUUAUUAUUUUUCAAAAGGCUGGCUCCUCUUCACCCCCCUCUGUUUUUUCCAACAAAUACUAAUUUGGAUCUUCCUUGGUGACAGUGUUUGAAAUGCUGGGAACACAGUGUCCCUGCCCUCGGGGAACUUGGGGGGCCUACCCAGUGGGGACAGAGAGUAGCAAGUAAAGGAAUGCAGGGAGUUUACGAUAAUGACGGUGCUAUUGAGGAAAGAAAGUGACCACUGGGUGUGUGUCCUUGCUAGUCUAGACAGGGCGGUCAGGGCGGCUUCUUCUUGGAGCGACGUUUGAGUUGAGACCUGAACUGUGAUGAAGCAUGGGGUGGGGGAGUGUGUCAGGUAGAGACAGGAUGCAAGGUAGGAAGAAGUUUGUAAUGUUGGUGGACAGAAAGAGGUCACAGAGUGGAGCAGGGUCAGGGGAGGGAGAGAAGUAGGAUAUGGGUCAGAGGAGUCAGCAAGGCCUGAGGCCUUCAGGCGGAUUUUAUAAAUACCAGGAGAAGUCCUGCGGGAGGGCUGUAAGAGGGCAGCGGCUGGCUGCCGUGGGUCCUGGUGAAGGAGGUAUGGUCGGGGGCAGUAGAGAGCCAGGGAGGAGGUGGUCGUAGGUCAAGAUGAGAGGCGUGGUGUCACUGUAACUGGCCAAAGGGCUUAACGCCUCUGACCCUGUUUCCCUGGCUGUUAAAUGGGAAUAGUAACUACUUUGUUGGAUUCUUGUGAGGAAUAAAGGGAAAAAACACGUAAAGCCAUUGUUACACUGCCUGGCACAUGUUAGAAUCUGGUAAUGGUUAUUGCUCUUGGCCUCUUGAUCUGUUCUCUGUUACUGGGUAAACUUGAAAGUUAAAUAAAACUUGGAAACCUUUGGAGUUUUACAAUUUUCUAAAAUUUUCACCCUCUAAAAGUAGGAAAGAGGAGAGAGGGUCCUGGGUCACAGGAUCCUGGCUGUCCCAGCACAAAAGACAGUGGGGUUGGGGAGGACAGAGCCAGGAUGGGGCGUGCCUAUGGGAGACGGGGCGUGCCUAUGGGAGACGGGGCGCUGCGGCCCCUCCACACAGGCGAGUUCUCGCCCAGCACCAGGGAGGGGAUGUUGAAGCCCCUGGGUCGGUUUAUCAGUUCACAUCUGAAACUUGUGUACAGUGGCUCCCCCGCUUCCUGCUCAGAGCCCCCUCUUUCUCUGCUGCUGCUUCUGGCGCUGAGCCCUCCAGCCCUACUGCAGCCCCCUAACCUCCCCUGUCUCAUCUCCACCCAAGCCCAAGUCAGCCUCGGCUAGAUUUGGGGAACCACUGGUCACCCUCUUUGGAAAGUCAGCACAGAGCCUUCUCUGUGCCCCUCUGCCCAUUUGUUGUCACCUCUUCUGCUGGGUCUGCUGGGCACACAACUCUGCAGCCCACAGGGUGCUGAGAGGCACGAGGUGGAAUCCCAACCCUCUGGGUCUGGGGCCCACUCCAAACACGAGGUCAAAAGCGCUCUGAGAGAGAAGUGUGAGCAGGUGUGGGCUCAGGACACAGGUCUCCUCCAUAGAAGGGGAGGGGGCUGUCUUAACUCAGACAACACCCCAGGGCCCCAGUUCUGCCCCGGGGAAGUUGCUCACCACCCUCUGGGAUUUGGGGAGAGACCUCCUCUGCUAUCCUGACCAGCCUUCCCCCUUUCCCCUUAUGCAGAGGCCCUGGAGGUAACUCAACUCUUGGCUGUGCUGCUAGUGAUAAUAAUAAGAAUAAAGAUAGGUAGCAUGCACAGAGCACUUGGUACGUGCCGGGUACUGUUCUAAGGGCUUUCCACUCAUCAUCUUAUUUAACCUUGACGUAACUCUGAGAUGGGCAUUAAACCCACUUCCUAGAUAAGGUGAACUCAGAUCUGGCUGAUAGCAGCCUUUAGGUUCUUUCUGCUUCUCUAGUUUUCUACCCCCUUAACAUCCUUCUUGGGGACCUCUGGCCGUCGGCAUCCUUCCUUCUCAGCGUCCCUCUCCCCACCAGCCCCUUCUCCGUCCCCCAACUGCCCAGGCCCCGCCUCCACCUGCCAGAAAAGCACUUCCCUCUUCCUGACUCACUCCGAUAGGAGGCCCAGACCCCUUUCUCCUUGACCGUCUUUAAUCUGGCACUUGGAGUCCCCAGAGCUGGCCCUGAAGGUCACCCCCACUUCCUGGGGCUCUUUCUUCUGCUUCCCCCACAGUGGGGGACUCCGUCCUGGUCUGCUUUCUUUCCACUGUGGUCUCAUCACGGGGCAGCACCCAAGACCCUGCCUUCAGUGUAACCAGAAGUCUCUGUGGUCUCCAGGAGCCUUGUGGACCCUGGUCAGGUGCACUGCUGCCCUUGCCCCCAUCCCCCCC